UUGCCUAGGUGGCAGCACCGUUCGUCAAACAUCUGAGCAUCUGCGUCCGAGAGCAACAAUAUGGCCGCAAUGGCAACCGGAGGCAAAAGAUGAAAUUCAUCGUCCUUACGUCGCCGUGUCGCGUCUGAUUCCUCUUCGCCUCCUGCGGGGAAACCGCCGUUCGCAGCCACAGGACUCGUGCCUGACAACCCUUCACCAAAAAUGAUACUCCGUGUCCAAUCUCCCGAAGGGACGAAGAGAGUCGAAUGCGAAGCAGGGGAGACGGCGGCUGUGCUCUACAACAAGAUACAGAGUGCCUUUAACUUGCCCGAUCUGACGUGUUUCACCGUCUAUAAAAACAGAGAAAAAUCGACUCCCAUUCCUCUGCAAAAUACCCGGCUGUCCACGCAUGGUUUCAAACAUGGCGACAUGCUGUAUCUGGUACCCACAAACCAGGCUGCACAGGGUGGCAUUGUCAAUGUUGGCAAUGGCACCAUAGAAAGGCGCGCCAGUCCUGCUCCAGCUGCUCCUGUCACCGAAGACGAGGUGGAUGUCUUUCUGGCGAAACAGUCCGGCCUGAUCGACCGGCCCCGUGAUGACAAGCUCUGUCAUCAUGGUGCCAAUGCCAAAUGCGUCCACUGCACUCCCUUGGAGCCCUAUGACGAGAACUACAUGCGGGAACACAGCAUCAAGCACCUGUCCUUUCAUUCCUACCUCCGCAAGAUGACCGGUGGCCUUGACAAGGGGAAGUUUGCGGGACUGGAGAACAUCAGCUGCAAGUUGCGCGCGGGCUGCCGCGACCAUGCGCCCUGGCCACGGGGCAUCUGCACCAAGUGCCAGCCCAAUGCGCUGACGCUGAACCGGCAGGUGUACCGGCACGUGGACAUGGUCAUGUUUGAGAACCCGACCAUCGUCGAGCACUUCCUGGACUUCUGGCGCGAGACCAUGCACCAGCGGAUAGGCUUCCUGUACGGCCGCUACGAGCCUCACAAGGACGUGCCUUUGGGCAUCCGCGCCACCGUCGCCGCCAUCUACGAGCCCCCGCAGGAGAGCACGCCAGAUGCAAUCAAACUCCUGCCAGACGAGAAGGAGCAGCUGGUGGAUGAGCUGGCAUCUCGGCUCGGAUUGGUUCGCGUUGGCUGGAUCUUCACUGACCUUGUGCCUGAAGACCUCCAAAAGGGAACUGUCAAGCACCUCCGAAACAUUGAGUCGUGCUUCCUGAGCGCGCAGGAGUGCAUCAUGGCCGGCCACUUUCAGAACAGCCACCCGAAUCCCUGCCGGCUCUCUCCCGACAGCUACUUUGGCUCCAAGUUUGUCACAGUCUGCGUCACAGGUGACUCUGAGCACCGAGUGCACAUGGAGGGCUACCAGGUGUCCAACCAGUGCAUGGCGCUGGUGCGGGACAACUGCCUCGUGCCCACGCACGAUGCCCCCGAGCUCGGCUACGUCCGCGAAUCUUCCAACGCCCAGUACGUGCCUGACGUCUUCUACAAGUACACAGACUCGUACGGCAACGAGGUGACGCAGCUAGCACGGCCGCUACCCAUCGAGUACCUACUGGUGGACGUGCCCGUGUCGACACCCAAAGACCCCAAGGAGCCGACCUUCUGCGCGGCGCCGGGCAAACGGCGCUUCCCCGUCGAGAACCGGCUCCUCGAGGGACACAUCCAGGACCUGGGGGCCGUGGCCACGCACCUGUCGCAGUUCACUGCUAACAACGCCGGCGCUGACAAUGCCCUUGAGGCCUUCUCUGACUUCCACCUGCUGCUGUAUCUGGCCUCGCAGGACAUGGUGCCGCUCAGGGAGACCAUGGUGCCCCUUCUAGAGGCAGUUCGCACAAAGAACCAGGACAUGGCCCGACAGUGGACAACAAAUGACCAGUGGCAGACGUUUGAGCAGAUCUUACAAGGCACGACCGCCGAGAACAGAGAAGGCCAGUCGGCUGUGUCAUGGACGUGUCAACACUGCACUUUCCAGAACACCAAGAGUGGCAACACGUGCGAGAUGUGUGGCCUGCCACAAUAGGAAACAACUUUGUCAGCUGCAUUGCAUUGGCUUCGAUUUAUUUUUCUUUUAUUCUCUUUAAUUCUUCAUCUUUUUCAAUUGUGCUCUCCCUUUCCUGCCCCAAAUUUCACUGCUGCAGCCCCUUUUCUCUUUUGUUUUAAACCGGUUGUUUCCAAGAAACAAGAACUUCUGCUCCGAAAAUUCGACAGAUGAUGUGCUGGUGGACAGCUUGAUUCAUACGGCUGCGUUUUGCAACGCAACCCCGCAGCUGAACAAUGACCGAUAAUUUAUUUAAAACCUGUUCAACGACUUUGUUUUUGCUUGUGCCUUUUCCCUACGUCUUAUUUUCUUUUCUGGUUUGUGGCCUCGAGGCGGUGGUACCUUUUGAAGCUACCUGUGCCUUCUUGGCUCACCCAAUGCUGACGCAGAUACUUGCUAUUCGAAAUAUCAAAUAAAGGAUGCAGUCAUGUGGCUGGAACUCUAA